AAAAGCGGAUCCCGGCGGCGGCGCUCGGCAGAGGCUCCCACGGCUCCCCGAGGCUCCUCGCCGCUCCGUGUCCCCCCCGCGCCGCCGCCCGCCCGCGUGUCCCCAGCCAUGGCCAGGAACCACCAGGUGCAGAAAGCCAAGCUGGCCGAGCAGGCCGAGCGCUACGAGGACAUGGCGGACUUCAUGAAGGCCGUGGUGGAGCACGGGGACGAGCUCUCCAACGAGGAGCGCAACCUGCUCUCCGUCGCCUACAAGAACGUGGUGGGCUGCCAGCGCUCCGCCUGGAGGGUCAUCUCCAGCAUCGAGCACAAGACCGAGGAGGGCGACGACAAGGCGCAGCUGGUGAACGAGUACCGGGAGAAGGUGGAAGGGGAGCUGAAGAACGUCUGCAACGUCGUCCUGGGCCUGCUGGACAAGUUUCUCAUCAAGAAGGCCGGCGACGCGGAGAGCAAGGUCUUCUACCUGAAGAUGAAGGGCGACUACUUCCGAUACCUGGCCGAGGUGGCCACCGGGGACGACCGCAAGGAGACCAUAGACAGCGCCCAGAAAGCCUACCAGGAGGCCAUGGACAUCAGCAAAAAGGAGAUGCAGCCCACGAACCCCAUCCGCCUGGGGCUGGCGCUCAACUUCUCCGUCUUCCACUACGAGAUCGCCAACGCCCCCGAGCAGGCCAUCUCGCUGGCCAAGACCACCUUCGACGAGGCCAUGGGGGACCUGCACACGCUCAGCGAAGACUCCUACAAGGACAGCACCCUCAUCAUGCAGCUGCUCAGGGACAACCUCACGCUAUGGACAGCCGAGUGCGCGGGCGAAGACGGCGGCGAGGCCGGUGAAGAGCCCAAGAACUGACCUGCCGCCGCGCAGCCGCGGCCCGGCUCCCGCCUCCUCCCUCCCCGCCGGUCCUCCGGCUCCUAAAUUUUUUUUUUUUUUAAUUUUUUUUUUUUUUUGGGCAGGCGCCCCGGCUCCCUGCCGCUCCGCCUGCCCCCCCGGGAGCAGUUUGGGGGGGGGGGGGUCCCCGGUGCCGGCUCCAGCAUCCCCCCACCGGCACCUUGUCCGGGGCGGGAUGCCCGUGUCCCCCCUCGCCGAGGGGCCGGCUCCCCGGAGGGAACAUUUCGGAGCCGGGGAAGGGGGGGGGCCGGGGGCUCCAGGGCGGCGCGGUGCUUCGCUUGCUGGGGUGCCUUGCUCUGCGGGAGGAGGUGUCGGGCCGGCGCCGGGACGAGCGGGUGGCCGAAGCCGCUGUGCGUCUCCAAUAAAACUUCUCGUGCA